AUGACUAAGAUUAUAUUUUUGAUUUCCAUAAUGUUUCUAAGUUUUUACUUAUCAGAGCAGAUAAAAUUGAAAGAUAACAAUAAACUUGUUUACAUAAUAAAAAAGCCUGAAAUCCCGGUAUAUUUUGACGCAAGAAAUCGUUGGCCACACUGCAAAACGAUUGGCGAAAUCCACAACCAAGCAUAUGCAGCAACAGCUCUCCUCGCAGACAGAAUGUGCAUAGCGACCAAUGGAAGUUUUAAUCAACUCCUAUCCAUCGAAGAAGUAGUUUCUUGCAGUGGUGAAAAUUUUUAUAAAUUUGUUCGUGAACACAGAGCUUAUGAAUUUUUCAAACGUCACGGCGUGGUCUCGGGUGGAAAAUACAACACUAACGUUGGAUGUCAACCCCUCAGAGUUCCACCAGUUUUUGAGCUACCAAAAAAUCAUGGCCAACAUAAAUGCAUGAAACAAUGUUACGGUAACAAAUCGAUCGACUACGACCAUGAUCAUGUGAAAAUAAAGAAAUGGUAUUACAUAACUGGAAAGGAUAAAGGUAUAUCUAUUCAAAAGGAAAUUCUAGCGCACGGUCCAGUAGUAGUUUCUUUCUUGAUGUACGAUGACUUUUUUUUGUACAAAAGGGGUGUUUACGCAAAAACUCCCAAAGCAAAAAUUGUAAGAGGGACUUAUGUUAAGAUAAUUGGAUGGGGAGUCGAGAAUGGUGUAGACUAUUGGUUGGUGGUCAGCAAUUUCGGCUAUGAAUUUGGAGAAAAUGGACUCUUUAAAGUCAAAAGGGGCACAAAUGAAUGCCGUAUCGAAGUGUGGAUCACAGGAGUGGUUCCUGAUGUUUAAUAAUAUGUUCUAAUAAAAUAAUAAUAUUUGAAACUUAUUUCAACAUUCAAAUACUUACAAACUAUCAUU